AUGCCCCUUUCACGCCCGCUAGCCCGGUCCAGCAGCUCUUCGGGAGGUUCCGACCUGCCCAAGCGCCUCUUGUCGAGGAAAAAGACCAAGAACCGCGACCGCAUCUACUCGUCAUCGGUCGUACCCUCGCCGGCCGCUUCGAACACACCUUCGCAUCUGUCGCCAAAGUCUGGCUCGACGACCCACCUGGCCUCGCUCCCAGCGGGCGACCCCAUGGCCAGUCCGUCUCUAGACCAGGCCGACCUCAACCCCAUCCUGGGCGACGAUGACGAGCUGCACGACCCCAGCUUCGUGCGGCACACGCUCGAGAUGAUGACGGGCACCUUUGCCGGCCAGACGGCGGGUGUCUCGGAGCGAUUCCGCCACGGCCGUUCGCUGUCCUGCAAGUCGUCGCCGUCCGACAGCCGUGGGUCGACUUCGCGCUCCGGAUCGAGGUCCGGAGGCGCCGCUGGUUUCCUCGGCCGACCCUCUGCGUUCGCCGGGCUCUCGGACUUUGAGCAGCCGCGCCACGCAUCGAGGUACGCGUCCGGCCUUGGGCUCGAGGUCGACGGCGACAUCCUCGGCGACGAUGACGAGGCUUGCCUGUUGAGCAGCAGCAGCGACGAGGACGACCAUGACGACGCCGGCGGCCGCGGUGUCGACGAGCGAGAGGAUAUCGGACUGGACUCCGGCAUGCGUACCUCUCUACGCCACGUUCCAACGAGGCCGCCGACGGCCAGCCCGGCGCCCGCAACCGUCGAAUCUCGGCCAAGUGAGACCCCGCCCGGCGGGGCCGGGGUGACGCUAGAGGAUGCGUUGUCGCCGGGCGAGCUUGGUCGCGGCCCUCGUCAGCAGGCUGACCACCAUCGCCGUGAAGGAAGCGUGUCGUCGCCGAGCAUAGAAGAAGAAGUAGCCGCUGCGUCGUCGUCCCCGCCGUCUUGGUCGUCGCCCGCGUGCGACGAUGGCGCCCAUCAUCGGUCCCUCCUCCACAUCAACCACCAGCACGCGGCCCGGCCGACGGGGUCCGGCACCACCGCAUGCCAAGCCUGCGGCCAACGAGCAGAGGCUGCCGAUCCUCCGUCCGCACCGCCUUCCCCAUCGAGCCAGGGCCACGACCACCGCGACGCCGGCCCAGCAUCGUCGCAUCAAAGCCGCCGCACAAAGGGCAUUCCCCGUGCUGAUCCAUCAGACGUCGACGGCCGAACCUCCGCCGCCGCCGUCGCCGCUUUCCACGCAGCAGCGGCCCGCCAGGUUCAGGGUCCGACCACAACGACGCCCUCGCCGACGCCGCUGCCACCGCAUCCAGGAACCGCUGCUGCCGCUGCUGAUGGCAUCGCUCCCGCCGCCUCCGCAUCCGCCUCCGAGGCCGCCAGGCACUGCCACCGCCCGGCUCAUGUCAACCCGCCCUCGAGCACAUUCUAUAUAGGCGGCGGCGGCGGUCCUCCCACCACCGGCGACGACCGUACCCUACCCGCCACCCAACCAACGACAUCCGUGCAGCCCAUCCUCGACGCGCGCGCCACCGCCGUUCCCGACGCCUACCUUCCUCAGCACAUCGAAGCCGUCGACACCAGCAGCAACUCACCAGCACCUCUGGCAUCCUCACAGCCAUCCGAUCCAGCGCUCAGGCGAGGAAAGACCUGGUGCACAGACAGGGCCCCGAGCACUCGCGACAAGGUCCAGUCCAGCAGCCGACCAUCGACCAGCAAGAGCUCGCCACCGAAAUCCAGCCACGGCUCGGCGUCCCAAUUUAACCCGACGCGAUCCAGGAGCGCAGGCAAUGACGCCUUCCCCCUCUCGAUCGGCAUGAGCACCAUCAUCAACGCCCGUCUGCAGAGGAAGCACGCCAAAGCCGAAGACGGUGCGCGCUCCUCGUCGGAGCGAUCCAGCCGCCGAUCCUCGACCAACCCGCAUCGCAGCGGCAGCGGCACCGGUACUGGCACCGGGAUCAUCACCAGCGCCGUCAGCAGCCGAAAGUCGAGCCACGCCUCGCCCCAGCUCGACGACUGGAGCGAUGGCUUCACCGGCCUAGUCGACCUCGACCGGAGGAUGCGUCAGCUCGCUCUCGAGCAGCAGCGCCAGCACGCCGACGAGACUCAGCACGAUGGCUCCUCUGAUGACGCCGGCCGAUCUCGCCAUGCCAAUCACACUUCGUCACAACGGAGUUCGACGGACGCCACGGCCCCGUCGAAGGUGACCGCAUUCGCAAGACACCUUCCCCAACGCGUCUCGCAGCGCCGCCAGCGGAUACAAGGCACGGCCGGCAGACUUAGUUUGGACGCCGCGCAGCCGGUCUCGCCGUCCUCGUCACCUUCGCACGCCGGGGCAUCGGUCGACGCCCUAUCGGACUCGAUCCACCACUCGGCCGCAAGCACUGCCCGCACCUCGCCCCAGCUGUCGUCGUGCGGCGACGCCGCCCUGAGUCACUCCAGCACCUCCAAGUCCUCUGCGUCUCCUCGCGAUCCACCACCCAUCUCGCCGUUUGGCAGCUUCAGACUGCGCUACGCCGACGAGCCGCCGACACAAGGUGGCAUCCCGCGCAGCUCCACCACCUGGCCCGACUUCCAUCGGUCGGUCGGCUUCGAUGACUACCAGGACGAGGACGGCGACAGGCUCGAUCCGCUCACGCCCAUGGCAGGUCCGCGGCCGCGCUACGUCGACGAGGACCUCCUCACCCCCAACUCGGCCGCCGCCGCGACAUGGACGGAUCCCGAGGCGCCCGGCUACUUUCCUGCCGGUCUGGUGCAAAAGGAGAAGAAGGAGCGCAAGCACUCUGGCAUCUCGUCGAUCGCCGGAUCCCUGUCUGCCUCGUCGAUCAAGGACCUGUCGAAGGGCAAGCGGGGUCACUCGGCGCACAGCGGCAGUCACCAGCAGCGGUCUUCGGCGCAUCCCGAGCAGCGCGGGAUCCUGGUUGACUCGCUAUCUUCUAGUCCCGACGCGGGCAUCUCGCCCAAGUUCGCCACCCGCCCGCUCGCCGACGACAACGCCUGGGGCGGACGCGACCGCUCGUGCUCGGAGGCGUCGUCGCAGUUCUCCUCAUCCCACGGCGGCCCGACGACCAAGUACUCGUCCUCGGCGGUACACAACAUCACGGCCUCGUUCCCCGCGGCCCUGCCAGAACAGGCCGAGCUGGUGUAUGCCGACACGCGCACGGCACAGCGGCAACGGCGGGGCGAGGCUGGCUCGCAGCGCAAGUCGUCCUCGCCCCCGUCGUCCAAUGGCGGUCUGAACGCGACAGGCGAGAGUUUGAAGCGAUCGGCGCAGUCGCUCGCCCUCGGCGUGCGCUUCAAGGUGCUGCGCGCCAAGACCAAGAUCCGCCAGUCGGCAGCCAACGCCAUGUCAUCGGACGACGGAGCCAAGGAACACACCAUCUCCACCGCCGCCGCCGCCGCCGCCGCCGCACACGAUCCCGUCCGGACCUGA